GUGGCGGACACUACCUAAAGUUCAGCAGCCUAACCCAUGUUAGCAACUAUAAAAUGAAGUAGCUCAUACAUCAAGUUUCUUCACUACACAUAGAACAACCAAUUACUCCUACAAAUCUCAACCAAAAUAUAAACAUGGAGUUUUUGACUCAUGAGGAGCUGGCUUUCAUCUUUGGUCUCUUAGGCAACAUCAUAUCAUUCUUGGUGUUCUUGGCUCCAGUGCCUACAUUUUAUAGGAUUUACAAGAAGAAAUCAUCUGAAGGGUUUCAAUCCAUACCAUACUUGGUUGCACUCAUGAGUGCAUUUUUGCUGUUAUAUUAUGGUUCUGUCAAGGACAAAGCAUAUUUGAUUAUUAGCAUCAAUGCAAUUGGAUGUGCCAUUGAACUUAUUUACAUUAUACUAUAUCUCAUCUAUGCCUCAAAAGAAGAGAGGAUUUUCACAGCGAAGUUGGUGGUGGUCUUCAACAUAGGAGGGUGUGGGAUGAUGAUGGUGUGCACCAUGUUACUAGCGAAGGGCUCCAAACGAGUUACUAUUGUUGGGUGGAUAUGUGCUGCUUUCGCUAUUGCUGUAUUCGCUGCUCCAUUAAGUAUCAUGAGACGGGUAAUAAAGACCAAAAGCGUAGAAUUUAUGCCACUUCCUCUAUCUUUUUUCCUUACUCUCUCUGCUAUUGCUUGGUUCUUCUAUGGAUUUCUCAUUAAGGAUUUCUUCAUAGCACUACCAAACAUAUUGGGAAUUCUAUUCGGUCUUGUUCAAAUGGGCUUAUACAUGCUCUACAAGAACUCAAGUAAACAACAAGAUGAUGGAACUAAAGAAGUGAUGAAAACAGAGGAUUCUAACACUGUAGUUGAUGAUCAAUGCUGCAAGGAGAUGAAGGAGAUUCUUCACAAUUCUCAAUCCACUGAACCAAUUAAGACUAAUGCAGGCAUGGUCUAGGGUUAUGAACAUUUAUUAAGGUCCCUAUUCUCUUCUUCUUUUUUCCAAAAUGCAUGUAUGGCCUAGGUUUAUGAACUUUCAUGUCUUGUAUUGUCGUUCUUCAUUAAUAAACUAAUUUCCUGGGAUAGCAAA